AUGGACGUCUUCCACGUCAAUGACAGCUUCACGUUGCACUGCAAUUUACGGCCACUCCGCCACGCUACCAAUUUACGCUUUUUCUUGGUCGGUCUUGGAGGAGCGACGAUUGCUACGACUGCCAUUAUUUGCAAUCUAAUCGUCUGCUACAUAUUCCUAAAUUCACGAAAAUUACGCCGCCAAAACUACGCAAAUCCCGUAUUGCUGGCCGCAUUCGAUAUAGUCGUCUCGUUUUGCUACCUGGCACUACAUUCCGUGCAAGUCACUGGUUAUAGGUUCGAAUUUGAAUCCCUGCUCUUUAUCUGGAUUAAUUAUGUACGGAUUAUCAAUUGCCUACAGAAAACAUUGCUCGUCUGGAUGGUGCGACGAAAAGUGUUCGUGACAGCUGGUGCUGUGGCAUUUGCUACGAUUUUCAAAGGAACUCUAUUUCUAGAAACUACAAUCUUACACCUACCGUAUUGUCAACCUCUAGAAAGAUAUAUUCCGGUCUGGGUAAGCGUGAAUACCCAUUGGGAUGCAAUGCGCUUUUGGACAAGAAAGGUGUUCACCGUACUCGUACCCUUCAUUUUAUUAAUUUAUUGCAACGUUCGGAUCGUGCUUGAAUUGCGGCAACGACGCGAAGAAACUCGAGAACAGUCCUUAAAGAAACGAUCAAUAAGGGGCCCAUUAUUAACUACGGGAUCAAUACGAAAACACUACAAUGAAAAGAAAGGCGUUCGGGUUGCAACUCGUACUCUGUUGCUUGUCGUUGGGUGCUAUUUGCUAUCAAAUUUGGUCUCCACGGUCGUCAAUUUUUGGCAAUUUUUCGAUCCUGUCACCUUGGAAAGCAACUAUCACUUCUAUUUAAUUAUUUCUGAUGUAUCGACACUGCUUACAAUCUGCGGUUGUGCAUGCCGUCUACCGAUCUACUGUACAUCAGAUAAACGCAUUCGGAAGGCCCUAAUCCGCGCUCUUCUAAGAUGGCGACACAAAGCGAGACCGAUAGAGGUAUUGGAAAAGAAUCUCGAAAAAUAUUCAAUAAUUGUCGUAUCAAAUAGCCUACGCAGCAAUUUGACUGGACAUCAAAUGAUGAACAGCCAGGAUUGGAUUACUGGCCGACCGCGGGCUCGCGAUGAAUUGGCCAUGCUGCUUCAAAAUCGGCGAAAAAUUCUGGUUGAUAUGACGUUGAUUCUUGGGGCUGAGCGGGGACGAAUCGCCGAAGAAGAUACAACCGUUGAAUUGACCCUACUUACCGAUAUCAACGAAGACAAUGAGCCACUCUGCCCGCGCAGACCAAGCGCCUUCCGCCAAAUUCUAGCAAACGAGUACGUUCGACACCUAACUACGGCAAGCGUACAACGCUACGACAUGUUUCCCUAUGGCCAGUUUCCGAUGGGAACCCCUGGGCUCAACAUUCCCAUCCGGUACAUGCCUGGGAUGCCAGUUCUACCAUCAGUGUCAUACCAACAGAUCGCCGCCCAACAGAAUUUGAUGAAUCAGUUUGCGAUUCAUCGGGCUCAACAGCAAGCCGGAACCCCUCAGCCCAUGUUGGUACCGCAAGGAAUGGGUGAUGCUGCGGGAGCUGGAACAGCUUCUGACGACGCCGGACGUGUCCCGUCACCGUGGACUGAGCACGAGCACGAAAAUGGAAGAAAAUUCUACUACAACAAGGUUACAAAGCAAUCCAGUUGGACGAGACCGGACGCUGGCGGCGGCGGCGGACAGGAGAGGGCCGCAUCCAGAUGGAAGGUUGCCCGAACGGAUGAAGGUCGCGUUUAUUACUACCACGCCGAUACCAAGGAGACAACUUGGACCAUGCCGGAGGGCUUCGUUGAGCCAGGGACUUCGACCACGCCGUCUGCUCCAUCGGCUGCUCCACCGAGCGUCAGCCCAGCUAGUGCCAACCAAAUCCCAAUGCCGGACACAUCGACACCGAAAGAGGAACCGAAAGAGAUGAGCGAGAUGGAAAAGGCAAUGGCAGCUACGCUCGGAGAUAUGGGUGGCUCCAUUAUUCCAGAAGAGCCCCCGAGAUCGAGGGGUGGUGCUUCGGCUGAUGUUCCGAUGCAAGACGAAGAACAGGAGCUGAAGAAACGGCAGGCUAAUGUGUUCCGUGAACUCCUCCGCUUGAAAUAUGAUGACGGUAAAAUCACCUCCACUGACUCCUGGGAUCAUGCUGUAAAAUUCAUUGGCUCCGAUCCACGCUUCCGUGUACUUCAAAAAGUCAGCGAGAAAAAGCAGGUGUUCAACGCAUGGAAAGUACAACGUCAAAAGGAAGAGCGGGAUGAGAAACGUCUAGCUGCUAAGAAAGCAAAGGAAGAGUUGGAGAAGUGGUUGCAGGACAAUCCGAAAAUGAAGACUCAGAUCCGUUAUCCUCGCGCCAACGAUGUGUUCAAUAAAGAACCGAUUUGGAAUGCUGUGCCAGACGCUGAUCGCCGCGAGAUCUUUUCUGAUGUUUUGCAAGUUGUUCACAAGCGAGAGGCCGAGCUGGCAGACAAGACAAGGAAGCGUAACAUCCAGGCGCUGUCCGACAUUUUGGACGCGAUGCGUCAGAUCACCAAUCGCACAACAUGGGCACAGGCGCAACGGUUGUUGAUAGAGAAUCCCGCGUUCGCCGAUGACGCAACCCUACAAAGUAUGGACAAGGAAGAUGCUUUGAUUGUUUUCGAAGACUUUAUUCGUAAUGCUGAAAAAGCACACGAUGCCGAGAAGGAGAUCGAAGACCGUCGUUUCCGGCGUCAGGAGCGGCGCGUACGCGAGGAGUUCCAGCAAUUUUUGGAGGAGCUCCAUCAGAAGGGUGCUCUUCAUUCAAUGUCUCUUUGGUCAUCCCUUUAUCCAACGAUCUCUGGCGAUCCACGAUUUGACGCCAUGCUUCUACAGUCGGGUAGCACGCCGCUUGAUAUUUUUAAGUUUUUCGUUCUUGAGCUGAAAGAGCAGUAUUCGGUGCAUCGACGCCUGAUCAAGGAUAUCCUUUCGGAUCUUGGGAAAUCUGUCAAGAUUGAUACGACCUACGAUCAGCUUGUUGACUGGGUACAAUCGGACAGCAGGGGCAAGAAAAUUGAUGCCGGAAAUAUGAAGCUCUACUUCAAUUCUCUGAUCGAAAAAGCCGAGCAGCGCGAGAAAGAGCAGGAGCGCGAGGAAUCGCGUAAGAAGAAGCGUCUCGAAGGGGAAUUCCGCAACUUGCUCCGUUCCCUCCAGCCGCCAAUUGAUGCUCAGACUGGGUGGUCGGCUGUCAAGACAAAAAUUGAGCACGAGGACGCCUACAAAAUUAUCGAUUCCGAUGAGCUGCGCGAGCAGUACUUCCAAGAUUUCAUCAACCAAAUGGGCGAUUCUUGCGCCCAUCAUCAUAGCGGCAAAAAGAAGAAGAAGGACAAGAAGCGUGACGCUAAGAGUGACUCCGAGUCGGAACGCGAGGAGGAGCGCACAAAGAAGAAGAAGCGCCGCGAUGACGACGAAGAUGACACCCGGGAUCGUAAACGCAAGAAGAAGUCAAAACGCCACUCUCGCAGCCGAUCUCGCAGCAAUUCUAGAAGUGAUGAGGACAGGCGCCGUCGCAAGGAUUCCGGUUCCGAC